GCCAGCCGGUAGUCGUUGGAGGAUUCCGGUGCUGCCUCUCGAUGUCCGUCCUGCGCGUCACUCGCUGAGGGGAGGGGGGAGGGAGACAAACACUCGUGGAUCUCGUGGAGCACCAGCGUCCAGCACCUUCGCAUCACAGCGGCACCGCGGGCCUCUUCUACCGGCCGUGAACAGCAGGAAGUGAAGCAUGAUGGCAGCGCUCGGCGGCGCCGGUCGCCUCAUCCAACUUGCCAGGAGCAGCGUGGGUCUGAGUGUGAGGAGACACUCAGCAGCUGCUGCGUUGGCUCAGACUGCAACUCCAGAGAUGCAGGAGAACAGGAAACCUAAGACGGGCAUCCUGAUGCUGAACAUGGGAGGCCCCGAGAAACUGGAGGACGUUCACGACUUCCUGAUGCGGCUCUUCUUGGACACGGACCUGAUGAAACUCCCCGUGCAGAACAAACUCGGUCCGUUCAUCGCCAAGCGCCGCACGCCGAAGAUCCAGGAGCAGUACAGUAAGAUCGGGGGAGGCUCCCCCAUCAAGCGCUGGACGUCCAUGCAGGGGGAGGGGAUGGUGAAGCUGCUGGACGAGAUGAGUCCGGAGACGGCGCCGCACAAGUUCUACAUCGGUUUCCGCUACGUCAACCCGCUGACGGAGGAGGCCAUCGAGGAGAUGGAGAAGGACGGCGUGGAGCGAGCGGUGGCCUUCACGCAGUAUCCUCAGUACAGCUGCUCCACCACAGGAAGCAGUCUGAACGCCAUCUACCGUUACUACAGCAACAGAGCUGACAAGCCCAAAAUGCGCUGGAGCGUCAUCGACCGUUGGCCCACACACCCGCUGCUGGUGGAGUGUUUUGCAGAACACGUCAGUAACGAGCUGCUGAAGUUUCCCGAAGAGAAGAGAGACGACGUGGUCAUCCUGUUCUCGGCUCACUCGCUCCCUCUGGCUGUUGUAAACAGAGGUGACCCGUAUCCUCAGGAAGUGGGAGCCACAGUUCAAAGAGUCAUGGAGAGACUGGGACACUGUAACCCCUACAGACUGGUGUGGCAGUCCAGGGUGGGCCCGAUGGCGUGGCUCGGCCCCCAGACCGACGAGGUGAUCAAGGGUCUGUGCGAGCGCGGCAAGAAGAACAUCCUGCUGGUUCCCAUCGCCUUCACGUCCGACCACAUCGAGACGCUGCACGAGCUGGACAUCGAGUACGGACAAGUGCUGGGGGAGGAGUGCGGCGUGGAGAACAUCCGCAGAGCGGAGUCGCUGAACGGGAACCCUCUCUUCAUGAAGGCUCUUGCAGACCUGGUCCAGUCCCACCUGAAGUCCAACAAGCCGUGUUCCCGCCAGCUGACGCUGCGCUGCCCGAUGUGCACCAACCCCACGUGUGGCGAGACCAAGGCUUUCUUCUCCAACCAGAAACUCUCAUAGUCACUCUCUCUCUCUCACACACACACACACACACUCACACACACUCUCUCUCUCAGACACACAGUUUCCCCGAGUGUCAGUCACAUGGAAAAGGUGACAUGAAGAAACAGAACGAAUAGUUUCUGCAAACGGACGAGAGGGUUUUUUGUCUUCUCAUCAGAUUUGUUGACGUCGUCGAGCAAAACGACGGACGACGUCAGAUUUAUUGUUUAAAAAGUCGACGCCACAGUUUUGACCGUUGAAUUUGACGGAGGUCAAAGGCGCUGUUGGUAUUUUGAAACGUGUAUAUUAUAAACCCUGUCUGCAGAUACUAUCUGACGAAUGUCGACAAAAGAGGCGACACUCCUGCAGAAACUGCUCAUAUCGCAUCAAGCUACAGGAAAGACGCUUUGCACAAUUAUUAUUGUUUUUAUUAUUAUUUUUCUACAUUCCGUUCACUCAGCCCCUGCGAACCUCCAUCAGGGACCCCGUAUUUCAAUUCUCGCUGGUGCUAAAUAAAUAGCAGUUGAACACGACGAUGAUUGCGACGACGUCGGUCGGUCGGCUGCUCCUCUUCCUCGCCCCCCUCCUUCCCCCCGGUCCUGCUGAAAUCCCUGCAAUGUGAUUGGACGAGGUGGAUGCUGCUCAAAACGCUGCUGAUUGGUCAGUUCAAGAGCAAGAGAGCGAGAGCGAUGAGGAAGAAGUGCAGACGUGUGACGCUACUUCAAAAGGAAUCAAGAGAAGAAGCCUUUUGCUGAUCGGGAGUCACAACACCAAGAUUUGGUCACGUGACCCGUUGGCGCCUGUUUCCGCGUUUAAUCCUCCUCCAAUCGUAACGUUGGAAAAGAGACGUGGCGUGAUUUCCACAGUUGACCCCUGGGAAUCUGUAGUCCAGCUGAGAUUUAAGGAAAAUAAUAACUAAGUUUAAUGCUGCGUUCAGACCAAAUGCGAAGCGGCACACAAAUUAUUGUCACGAAUUUUCUCAAACAAAAUACGACGAAGGAAAAGUACGAAAAUCUGAGCUAACACAGAACACGUUUCACUCUCUCAGUCAAAGAUGUUUUCGAGCCUUUGGAACGAAUCAUGUAGAAAUAACUCGAAAUAGACGUUUGAUUUUGCAACGCAACAAGCUCCGGAGGCUCUUCCUGAAUUAAAUCUAAUUGUUUAAAUGUGUGACGUCAGAAAAUAAACUCCCUUCUUUGGAGGGACUGCGAAGUAAAUCAUGAAGACAGCUUCAACUACAGCGACGCUCUCGGUAACAAAAUGCAUCAUGGGUCCGUUUAAAAAACCACUGCGUUGGUUCUAGAGAUUUAGUCCCAGUGUUGAUGGACGUUGGUCGUCUGCCUCGGUGAACCUCCCGGCACACGGAGCAGUCACCGAGUGUGGAGAACCGACGAAGAGUUUACUUUUAUAAUAAUAAUUUGCCUCAGCUUGGGAAACGUCUCCACGUCCGCCUGGUUCGAUCCCGCCGCCGCCGCCGCGGUCGCCCUGGACGAGACUCCCUGACAACGCGUCAAAGUCAAAAACUUCCACUUUUCACAUGGACUAACUUGACCUCUGACCCCUGAUCUUGCCCGCCCGCCCGUGAUGCAACAACAAUGUGCCUUCUACACUGGCGAACUAGAAAAUACUGGACUUGGGCUUUAUGUAUUUUUUUUUUUAACCAAAACAAAAUGCUGAAAGGAGAAAUCCACCGCAGAAUCUGACUUCACGUGUUCCUGCUGUAAACGGCCGCAAAGAUCCAGUCGACCCCCGAUAGGGAAGAUCGCUCACGCCACCAAUUAGUAGUCUGGGGAAAAAAAAGAUGUCGCGGCUACGGAUGUUCCCGCCUGAUGAAGGAGGAGCCAGUGAAGUAGAUCCUUGGCCACCGGCCGCGGCAUCGCACGCUGCUCUCAGACGGGCACGGAAGUCUGGACGCUUUCAUGGAAUUCGCAAAACCUCGCUGCGCAUAUUUGACGGAACUCUUUCUGGGACCUUUUCCGUGUUCACUCGUGAGAGUGCAGGAGGGAGUUUUUGGCGACGUGCGCCACCGUUCAAUGAGUGUUCCUGAGCGCUUGCUGCUCCGACUCGGACAGUCUCCUGCUGCGUCCUUCGUGUGUGAACGUCCAACUCCGGAAGAACGUCCUCGUUGUCUGGACUUUUCUUUCCCGCAGUUCAACCGCUUCAGACAAAACAAUCCGUCAUUAAAGUCGCACAUUCAAACCGCGUCGCCUGUUAGCGGAGCUGCGGCGUUAACAUGCCGUGACGCGAGGCGUUCAAACUGCGUAUUAGUAACUGAGACGAAAUGACAGAAGAAUUAAGAGAAAACGUGCAGCAGGAAAACACGCUGAAGUCUGUGACGGCUGCUUUUUCCUCCACAAACAUGUUUUCUAAUUUAAUUUUAAUUAAUCCUCAGUUUGUUUCAAAAAUGUGUGUGUGUGCAGAGCUCAUGUAUGUUGUGUGUGUGUAUGUGUGUGUGUAUAUAUAUAUAUAUAUAUAUACACACAACAUAACGAUGUAACUACAGCUUUGUAGCAGCUCCGGCAUAUUUUGGGUUGUUUUGAUUUAUUUAUUGUUUCUUUGUUGUUUUUUUUUGUUUUUUUUUAUGUGCACAUAAACCAUCUGUCUCCUGUUCAAUCUCUGUUUUAAAAAGAAAUCAUGUUCGAGUCACAUGACAUUAACAGUGCGAUUACAGCUGACGAGUCUUCCUGCAAAAUAAAAACACAAUAAAAAGAAAAAGAAUGAAUAUGAA